GGCUCCCUGCAAGCUCCGCCUCCUGGGUUCACGCCAUUCUCCUGCCUCUGCCUCCCGAGUAGCUGGGACUACAGUAGCUGAGACUACAGGUGCCCGCUGUCAGGCCUCUGAGCCCAAGCCAAGCCAUCGCAUCCCCUGUGACCUGCACAUACACACCCAGAUGGCCUGAAGUAACUAAAGAAUCACAAAAGAAGUGAAUAUACCCUGCCCCACCUUAACUGAUGACAUUCCACCACAAAAGAAGUGUAAAUGGCCGGUCCUUGCCUUAACUGAUGAUAUUACCUUGUGAAAGUCCUUUUCCUGGCUCAUCCUGGCUCAAAAAGCACCCCCACUGAGCACCUUGCGACCCCCACUCCUGCCCACUGAGCACCUUGCGACCCCCACUCCUACCCGCCUGAGAACAAACCCCCUUUGACUGUAAUUUUCCUUUACCUACCCAAAUCCUAUAAAACGGCCCCACCCUUAUCUCCCUUCGCUGACUCUCUUUUCGGACUCAGCCGGCCUGCACCCAGGUGAAAUAAACAGCCGUGUUGCUCACACAAAGCCUGUUUGGUGGUCUUUUCACAGGGACUCGAGUGAAAUUUGGUGCCGUGACUCGAAUCGGGGGACCUCCCUUGGGAGAUCAAUCCCCUGUCCUCCUGCUCUUUGCUCCGUGAGAAAGAUCCACCUACGAACUCAGGUCCUCAGACCGACCAGCCCAAGAAACAUCUCACCAAUUUCAAAUCCGGUAAGCAGCCUCUUUUUACUCUCUUCUCCAACCUCCCUCACUAUCCCUCAACCUCUUUCUCCUUUCAAUCUUGGCGCCACACUUCAAUCUCUCCCUUCUCUUAAUUUCAAUCCUUUCAUUUUCUGGCAGAGACAAAAGAGACAUGUUUUAUCCGUGAACCCAAAACUCCGGCGCCGGUCACGGACUGGGAAGGCAGCCUACCCUUGGUGUUUAAUCAUUGCAGGGACGCCUCUCUGAUUAUACACUCACCUUUCAAGGGUGUCAGACCACGCAGGGACACCUGCCUUGGUCCUUCACCCUUAGCGGCAAGUCCCGCUUUCCCGGGGCAGGGGCAAGUACCCCUCAACCCCUUCUCCUUCACCCUUAGUGGCAAGUCCCACUUUCCUAGGGGGCAAGAACCCCCCAAUCGCUUAUUUCCACACCCCAACCUCUUAUCUCUGUGCCCCAAUCCCUUAUUUCCACACCCUGACCUCUUAUCUCUGUGCCCCAAUCCCUUAUUGCCAUGUCCCAAACCCCUCUCUGCUCUUCUGGAGGGCAAGAACCCCACUCCCCUCCUCCAUGUCUCUACGCUCUCUUUUCUCAGGGUUUGCCUCCCUCACUAUGGGCAACCUUCCACCCUCCAUUCCUCCUUCUUCUCCUUUAGCCUGUGUCCUUAAGAGCUUAAAACCUCUUCAACUCACAUCUGAUCUAAAACCUAAAUGCCUUAUUUUCUUCUGCAACACUGCUUGGCCCCAAUACAAACUCAACAAUUGCUCUAAAUGGCCAGAAAAUGGCACUUUCGAUUUCUCCAUCCUACAAGACCUAAAUAAUUUUUGUCGAAAAAUGGGCAAAUGGUCUGAGGUGCCUUAUGUCCAGGCAUUUUUCACACUUCGUUCCCUCCUUAGCCUCUGUUCCCAAUGCGAUUCCUCCCAGAUCCUCCUUCUUUCCCUCCCGCCUGUCCCCUCAGUCCCAACCCCAAGCGUCGCUGAGUCUUUCCAGUCUUUCUUUUCUACAGACCCAUCUGACCUUUCCCCUCCUCCCCAGGCUGCUCGUCGCCAGGCCGAGCUAAGUCCCAAUUCUUCCUCAGCCUCCGCUCCUCCACCCUAUAAUCCUUCUACCACCUCCCCUCCUCACACCCGGUCCGGCUUACGGUUUAGUUCCGCGACUAGCUCCUCCCCACCUGCCCAACAAUUUCCUCUUAGAGAGGUGGCUGGAGCUGAAGGCAUAGUCAGGGUACAUGUACCUUUUUCUCUAUCAGACCUCUCUCAGAUCAGUCAACGUUUAGGCUCUUUCUCAUCAGACCCCACUAAAUAUAUACAGGAAUUCCAAUAUCUAACUCUGUCCUACAACUUAACCUGGAGUGACUUAAAUGUCCUCCUGACUUCUACCCUCUCCCCAGAUGAACGGGAAAGAGUUUUUUCUCUAGCCCAAUCUCAUGCUGAUAACCGCCGGCUUCAUGAGCCAGACCUCCAGGAAGGCAUUAGAGCAGUUCCCCGAGAGGAUCCCCAAUGGAACUACCAGGCAAAUUCCCCAGGUAUAGCUAGGCAAGAUUACAUGGUUUCCUGCCUAGUUGAAGGGCUUAAAAAAGCAGCUUACAAAGCUAUUACGACAAACUUAAAGAAACUACCCAAGGUAAAGGUGAAAAUCCAGCCCAGUUCAUGGCCUGCUUAGCAGCAACCCUUAGACGCUAUACCGCCCUAGACCCAGAGGGGCCAGAAGGCCGCCUUAUUCUUAAUAUGCAUUUUAUCACCCAAUCCACUCAGGUUCGACUCCUGGCUGGCUCGUUUGGCAGCAACCCUGAGACACUUUACAGCCCUAGCCCCUAAAAGGUCAAAAGGCCAUCUUAUUCUCAAUAUACAUUUUAUUACCCAAUCUGCUCCCGACAUUAAAUACAACUCCAAAAACUGGAAUCUGGCCCUCAAACCCCACAACAGGACUUAAUUAACCUCACCUUCAAGGUGUGCAAUAAUAGAAAAAAGUUGCAAUUCCUUACCUCCACUGUGAGACAAACCCCAGCCACAUCUCCAGCACACAAGAACUUCCAAACGCCUGAACUGUAGCAGCCAGGCGUUCCUCCAGAACCUCCUCCCCGAGGAACUUGCUACACAUGCCGGAAAUCUGGCCACUGGGCCAAGGAACGCCCGCAGCCCGGGAUUCCUCCUAAGCCGCAUCCCAUCUGUGCGGGACCCCACUGAAAAUCGGACUGUUCAACUCACCUGGCAGCCACUCCCAGACCUCCUGGAACUCUGGCCCAAGGCUCUCUGACUGACUCCUUCUUGGCUUACCGGCUGAAGACUGACACUGCCCGAUCGUCUCGGAAGCCCCCUAGACCAUCACGGAUGGCAAGCUUCGGGUAACUCUCACAGAGGAAGACACCAGUUGGAGACAAUUCAGCCUCAUCGUCCCUUGCCAAAGGAUGCAAUGAUUCUUAAGGGGACUGUUUUUCAGUGAAAACUCCAGACACUGACAACCAUCAUUCACAGCCUGCCUCUUUCAGAGCCAGGGCAGAGGCCCGGGCAGGUGGGAGAAAUACUUUUCAUUCUGCGGAGCUGCCUGUGCUGUGGAAAGAGAUGCCAGAAAUAGACCUGGGAAAAAGAGGAGAAUGGGGACUUAGCAGAUGCUUGGAGCCGUUUCUCUUGAUAAAUAUAUCUGUCCACUUCCCACUCUUGUCCGUGUCGCUGAAGGCCAUUAGCACUCUAUUUCUGUCUCUGCGGAGGCUCCGGGCCUGGCCCACCCUACCUCCCCUCCUGGAAGAUGACCUCAAGAGGGCAGCACUCCUGGGAUGAGGGUCUGACAUCAUGAAUUAUUUUUAUCCCAGUGGAUUGCAAUAUCAUAACAGCACGUAUCUUGUGCCAGAAAGUGGCCCCACUGCUGAUAAAGAAGAUACGUUAUUUCAAAGGUAAACUCCUUGAUCUCAAAAUGCCUCCCAAGGUAUGCUAUUUAAAGCUGUUGCAAAACGAGUAACAAAAAUAGACACAUCUUGAGUGUGGCCUGGAGAACAAUGUAAUAUCUUCUCCAGUUUCCUAAUCACCACAAGAAGGCCUUAUGAAAAGACAGUCGUAUGUCUAGAUAAGGUAGGCAGCCACUUGGCUAGAUUAGAAUUGAGGGCCAAGAAAGGUGUCCUAUCACUCCAGAUCUAUGCAAAGCUAUCCUCUCUGCUUUCCUUACUCUAAAAAAUUCUCUUACUGUGGGUUCCUUUGGGUUCCAUUGUGCUCUAAGAGGGGAAGCUGAAUAACGCAUGAAGCUGCAGCAACACCUAAGCAUGAUCCCUAACUGGAGAGCUGUGGAUUUUAACAUAGUAAAAGGAAGAGAGUUCAAGGACAAUGCGAACUAGAGGAUCCAGCAAGAGGCCACUCAACAACUGGCAAUAUUUGGAGAAGGUUGGUGUAAGACCAGAAAAUACCUGGAGCACCAAGCGGGCACAAAAGACAAACUUCAGGCAACAGAGCUUCAUUAAGCUGUACCUUGUGAAAUUCCCAGUUUUGUUGGCCAGAAUUGGUCAAAAACCAGCUCUGGAGUCAAGCAGUCCUGAAAAUAAGUUGGACCUGCCAGUACUGGUUACCCUGUGGUGUGGAGAGAGAAACCAUUUAAGAACAUCUGGUGUAGAAGAUCAGGAAUAUGAAAGAGGCUUCAGGAACAAGGUUUUAUUGGGAAAAUUUAUCAGCCUCUCUACUACAGAUCAAUAAAAACUGACAUUAAAAUCUAAUUGGGUUGGGCUUAAUCUGAAGGUCUCUGUGAGACAGAAUCAUGGGUCUUGUCAUUUGCAUGGAGAUUCGCUCAAAUAGAUGAUGGUACAAAAGAAACACCCCUGGCCAGGAGCAGUGGUUCGUGCCUAUAAUCCCAGCAGUUUGGAAGGCCAAGGCCAGCAGGUGGUUUGGGCCCAGGAGUUCAAGACCAGCUUGGACAACAUAAGGAGACCUUAUCUCUACUAAAAAUUAAAAAAAAAAAAAAUUAGCUGGGCAUGGUAGCAUGUGCCUGUGGUCCCAGCUACUUGGGAAUCCCAGCUACAUGGGAACUUGAGCCCAAGAGAUUGAGGCUGCAGUGAGCCCUGAUCGCACCACUGCACUCCAGCCUGGGUGACAGGGUGAGACUCUCUGUCUCAAACAAAAAUCAAACAAAAGAAACACUCCAAAAAAAGAGCCAACUCCGGUUUAUGACUCUGUACCCUUAGGUUGAAUGCCAAGUUCAUGGGAAUCAUCCGAGAAGCCGGGACAAGAGCUGCUGUUGAUGGGAGGCUGUGAAUUGUGCUUUUAGUGACUCGCUAAGCAUAGAACACUGACACUCAGGGCACACUGGGUGCUGCAAUUUCCAGAAGGGAAAGGAAAUAAAAAGGGUUCACCUUCUAUGUCUCAAUUUUAUCUCUUAUUAACAGGAACAGCUGGAUAGAGUACACAGAUAUGCUGCUGUGUGAGUCCCUGUGGAAGGGUACCUCCUGGGGAUCACCGGCAGGAAAAGUCCCUCAAACACAGAAAGCUUGGAGGGGACUGAUCCGAUAGAGUCAAAGACACUUAGGCUGUUUCAUGUUCAAACAUUAGAGAAUUUUUAUAAAAUCAUAUAGCAGAAUUUAAGAAUUUCUUAGAAAAUAGAUGGGAUAGACACCAAACACCAAAAUCCGAUCACAUUUAUUAUGACUUUUUUGUGCUUAUUUCUCUCCUCUUUUCACUUACCAGUGAAUAGCCACAUAAUUAUCCUACUAAACCAAUCCAUAAGCCUUCCUGGGAUUCAGCCCAGGGUAUUUAGCUCUAGGAAGCCUUCCUUUCAAUUCUGACAAAGUGGUCAUUCCUCUUGGUGUUUUCAUCGCUAUUCAAAUACACAGUAUUGAAAACACAGAUUGAUAUCCUGCCAGCCUCUCAUUUGAUCACCCCAAGGUGAACAGAUUUAUGAGCUGUGACUAUAAGAUAAUGAGGAUGCUUUUUAUAAACUCUCUCUUCGAGUGAUACCAACAUGGGCGCCAACUAUAUUUUGAAUAAUAACCUCAUCUUGAGAAUAAAUGUACAGGCUCCCACAGAGUCUAUUUUGAAGGAAAAAUUCAUUUGUUUGGUUAAGUUGUGGUCUGUAUACUGAUAUGUCAAUUUUAUUUCUCUAAAUUUACAAAUUUCUGGACCUUGAUGAGCAUAGAUAUCUUUGGGGAAAUGAAUACUACAUAUUGCAUUUGAAAGACUUUGUAAGUUAGAGUUCAACUUCUCUUUGCAGAAAGUUUCUCAUGUAAUUAAAUGCAGCACAUGAGGAUUUUAGCCCUCUACACUAACUACAGUAGCUAAAACUAGAGUGUUAGAAAUGAUACUUUUAUGAGGCUCUUAAAUACAGGUACAACAUUCAGAGUUUAGGAGCUGUCUUUGGAGCCGGGCACCCCUAGAUGUGAGUGGAGCCAUUCACCAGCAUUGGCAGGACCAACCAGAGUUCAGGAUUGCUUGUCUCCAGAGUUGAUGAUUUUUACCAUUUCCGGCUUCCAAAAAAUGGCAUUUCAUAUGAUUCAACUUAAUUUUAAGCUUCACUGCCUUAGGCUUGUGCCUGUAAUUAUAACCAUGAACCAAUAUUUAAUUUUUGUUGGCAGAUUACUGUAGUUAGUGUAGUACUACAGAACAGAAGACAUAUCCAUGAUUUAAAAGUUCAGGAGCACACUGCAUGUUUUUGAGUCAUUAGUAAAUGUCAUAAAGUACAAAUAUCAAAGCUCAGGUCCAAAGUAACUUACAUGUUCUGUAAAGGUCUGAGCAAUGUGGAUACCUGAUAAUUUCCCUACCAUAAAAGAACCCAAGAAUUUUUCUCUCUGACCCCUCCUCCACACAGUGUUAAACUGGAGGCUGAUGUUCAUUUGACAAUGAGCAUGAAAGUGAAAUGAUGACUCCCAGAUAUAAUUACAGAGAGUUACACAUGACAUGGUAAAUGCCUUUCAAAACCAUUUGGUCUGCAGAAAUUCUAUUUGGCUUACAGUGAGACGUCAAUCCCAUCAAUUUUUAUCUGUUGUUUAUUUAAGUCUUCUUUACCCCACAAAUUUUGUUUUGUUGAGUCAUCUCCCAAAGCUGAGUGGAAAUCAACUACCACCCAGGGAAAAUAUACUCAGAUAUCUCAUGAAUUUGCUUUGUUAUACAAGCAUCUUAAGGACAAACAGAAAGGAGAAGUCAAUUGCAACUGGGCUCAGAUUGAGUAAUUGGUUUUAAUUUUAUUUUAUGCUCCAAGGAAACAACUUCAUUUAAAAAACAUGAGAUCUUUUAGAUUGUGUGGUACACUUUAAUUUAAUUCUAGUGAGAUGAUCAUUUUUUUCCCAAAUUAAAAAGACAACUUUUUACUUUUGUUAUUGAUCUCUGUACAUGUGAAUUGACUGGGUAACAAAGAUAAUUUUGAAUCUCAAAAUUUAUUCUAAUGCUUUCCAAACUUUUAUUUAUUUAUUUAUUUAUUUAUUUAUUUAUUUAUUUGAGACAGGCUCUUGUGCAGUGACAUGAUCAUAGCUCUCUGUAGCCUUGAACUCCUGGGCUCAAGCUAUCCUCCCACCUAAGCCUCCCAAGUAGCUAAGACCAAAGGCAUGCACCGCCAUGCCUGGCUAGGUUUUUAUUUUUAUUUUUAUUUUUAAUAGAGAUGGGUUCUCUCUAUGUUGCCCAGGCUGGUCUUGAAUUCCUGGGCUCAAGCAAUUCUCCUGUCUCAGCCUCCCAAAGUGCUGGAUUAUAGGCGUGAACCACUGUGCCAGCCACUCACCUAACUUUCUUAAUGCACUGGAAAAAUUCUUUAAUAGAUCACAGCAUAAUGUAUAGUUGGGAUGAAAUAAUUAUCAAUGAGACCGUUAAUAUUUCAAACAGUAUUCUUGAUAAAAGCACUUUUGGGGGCCUCUUUUUUUGGUCAGAUUGAUUAUAUGAAGAUUGCUUUUAUUGAAGAUGUGGUUGGCAGAGGGAUUGUGCAAAAACCAAGACAAAUGUUAAUGUCAUUUUCUUCUUCACUUUUGCUGAAAUUGUUAGCAUUGUCAUGGAUGUAUACAUUUUUAGCAAAAAUCUUUUCAAGUCAAUUGUUUCUUUUGUAAUGAUCUAUAAUUAGAUAAAUAUAAUCCAUAAAUUCAUUUCAUUCAGCAUGAAUGCAAAUUGCAAUGCAUCACCGUGCACUGAAAGAUCACUGGGGCAGGGACAACCAUCAGCUCCUACUUGUGAGAUUCCCUUUCCUACUUUAUAGGAAAUUCCUGGAAAUCCCUAGAAGAUAUCUACAUCAUAGACUAAUGAAGGCCCCAGCAUCAGCUACUAUUUUAAAUACUAUUAAAAUAAAUUUUCUAUUUCCUGAUAAAGAAAGCUGAUAGAAGUAGAAUACCAACAUUUCUUCCUAAACUCAAAUGAACGGUCCUAUUAGAUGACCAGCUCUCGAAUGGUGAUAUCAUGAGCCAAUCGCAUCAGAAUUAUUAGCAAUAAUUAUUUUAAAUGUAGGUUUCCAGGAUCUACUCUGGAUGCAUUUUUUUCCAAGUCUUAAUGAGCAAUCCAACGAGUAAUCGUCAUUUAAUAAUAAUACAUACCGAUCAUAUAUUGUUUGACAGACACUUUUCUAAAGCUUUAUG